ACCUAGUUUAAAUUGUUUGCUGAGGUUAUUGAGUGGGUUGGGUCUAGUAACAUUGUGCAUGUGGUUACUAAUAAUGCUGCGAAUUAUGUAUCUGCUGAAAAACUCAUUCAUGAAAAGUAUCCAAACAUUUUUUGGUCUCCUUGUGCUGCCCACUGCAUCAAUCUUAUUUUGAAAGACAUAGCAAGUAUUCCUCACAUAGCUGACCUUGCCUCUCGUGCUUCAAAAGUGACUGUGUUUGUUUACAAUCAUAUGAUUUUCUUGUCAUGGCUUAGAAAAAGAAAAGAUUGGAAAGAAAUUGUUCGACCAGGAGUUACACGUUUUGCUACUGUUUUCAUUACUUUGAAAAGUAUAUAUGAUCAUAAAGAAGACUUGCAAUCAUUGGUGGUGGACAAAUAUUUCACUUCUCAUAAAUUAUCCAAGAGUGUCAAUGGGAAGAUGGUUAGCUCAAUUAUCUUGGAUAGUAAGUUUUGAGAUGAUUGUCUUACUAUUGUGAUGAUUGUUGGUCCUCUUAUUAAGUUAUUGAGGCUUGUUGAUGCUGAUGAGAAACCUUCUCUGGGAUCCGUGUAUGAUGGCAUGCAAAGAGCCAAAAUUGCUAUCAAGACAAUGUUUAGAAAUAGAAAAGUUGCAUACACACCUUAUAGAAGUAUCUUGAAAAUACGGUGGGAUAACCAUUUGAAGCGUGACCUCCAUGCAGCAGCAUACUUUUUGAAUCCAGAUUGCUUCUAUAGUGAGGAGUUUGUUGAGAAGGUAAAUAUUUUGAGGUCUUUACUUGAUUUAUUUGAUAUUGAAACUCUUUGCGAUGACUCAGUUGUCGCAAUGCAAGAAAUACAGUUGUAUCGAGAUCGAAAAAAAAGUUUUGGAAGGGAAAGUGCUUUGAAAGCAAUUAAGAGACUCGAACCUGGUGAAUGGUGGAGGCUACACGGUGGGAGUGCUCCUAAUUUGCAAAAAAAUGGUGAUUCGUCUUCUUCAUCAAACAUCUUCAUCAUCCGGAUGUGAGAGGAACUGGAGCCUCUUUGAACAAAUCCAUUCAAAGAGGAGGAACCGAUUAGAGUAUCAAAGGCUAAGUGACAUUGUUUAUGUGACUUAUAAUCUACGCCUUCAAUCUAGAAUGCAUCGCAAGAAGAAGAAUUAUGAUCCAAUUGACAUUCAAAGCAUUGACACAGUAGAUUUUUGGGUAAUGGCAGAUGAAGAUGAUCCUGAAUUUACUAAUGGAGACA